GUUGUGCGUCUCUUUUGCUUAAUACUGCGCGCUAAAUCGACGGCUAAAACACACACACACACACACACAAAGAAGGGCGGAUUGAGUGCAAAUUUUCGGCAAGUUCUGAGCUCCUCCCCCUCCACGAUGAAGCUGUUAACACGGAUUCUGCUAUAUUCCUAAUUUCCCGGCACAACGUUCUGCGUCCUGGAUGCAAACACUACAAAGUCUGCAGCUCAACGCGCGUGACUCAACUUUUUCUCGUUGUUUUCUUUCGAAAGAGGGGGGAAAACGGGGCUUUUUGCAGUUUCGAGUGCUACCCUGACCAUGGGAGAUCACAAAGAGCCGACCAUGGUGCAGAGGUCGAGUUCGUUUAGCAUCAAGAGCCUCCUGCUGCCGUCCAAGUUUGACAGCCAGGGCGCAGGCGUCGCGGAAAAUAGCGCGACUCCAGAUUCGGAAAAAUCCUCGGAACCGACGGAUUUGGACUCUACACCCCUGCAGCAACGGGGCGGGGAUGAAUCGGGAAUGGAAACGGGCCGAAAAAGCGGCAAACACGACAAACCGCCGUUCAGCUAUAACGCGCUCAUCAUGAUGGCCAUUCGCCAAAGUCCAGAGAAGAGGCUCACCCUCAACGGCAUCUACGAGUUCAUCAUGAAGAACUUCCCGUACUACCGGGAGCACAAGCAAGGCUGGCAGAACUCCAUCCGACACAACCUCAGCCUCAAUAAGUGCUUCGUGAAAGUGCCGCGCCAUUACGACGACCCAGGAAAAGGAAACUACUGGAUGCUGGAUCCAUCAAGUGAUGAUGUGUUUAUCGGUGGUACUACGGGAAAGCUCCGCAGGAGGUCCGCGACAUCACGGGGUAAGUUGGUGAUGAAACGGGGCCUACGUUUCGCCCCACUCGGACUCGGUCUCGGCGAGCGCGCGAGCAACCCGCUCUGCUGGCAGCUGUCUCCGUUUCUGCCCUUACCUCAUGCGCACUACAACGGACCCGCGCACGGGUUUCUUAACCAAGGACACGCGUACGGGUCUCUACUCCCGAGCAUGGAGCCCAUCACCAGCGGAGACAUCGCCCGCCCCGUGCUCGGACCUUCCACCUCCGGUGGCUACAGCGCGAGCUCUGCGCCCGCGGGAUUACUCUCAGCGCACAACGGCUACUUCGUGGCAGGAGCGCAGCAGCAGGCGCUCCAAACCGGCCCUGGUUACGGGAUCUCGAGCUCUCCUCCGCCGCUGCUCGCGGAUUCAAGGACCGCGUUACCGUCUUUCUCCUCGAGCGGCUUUUCGGGUGUUUUGUCACAACAUAAAAGACUCGCGCCUCACUCUUUCCUGAGCUGAGCGACUUGUUCGGGUUUUAACGCACAGCAAAAAGCCGAUUGUUGAAUUUAACGCGUCCAGCUGGACACGAAUCAACGCUGUGAGUUUCAUCUCAGCACUAACAUUUCAUUUAACACUGCAGCGCUUGUUUGAACAUGAAAAACAUGAAUAUUUAUUAAACACUAAACUGACGUCUGAUUUUUUUUUGCUGAGCAUCAGAACCGAGAGACACUAAAAAUCCCGCAAUGUGCAAAUUUGUCCUUUCAUGUUACACAAGGACCAAGUCUUUGUUAAUUUGUUAAUGUUUUUAUUUUAUUGAAAGCAUUUAGUAAUAUGCAACAGUAACAAUAGUACGACGUCAUGCCAAAGGCAACACACGUUUAUAGUAAUCAUUAUUAUUAUUAUUUAUAUUUCUUUGCAAGUCAUCUUUGCAAGCCAUGUAUUUUUUUUAUCGUAGCCUAUUUAUUGAAUAUUGAGAA